GCUUGUUAAGCGGUUUCCAACAUAAGAAAAAAGAUGGGCCCGGUCGGCAGGCAGGAUGUUCGAAUCUUGUUAUUAGGAGAAAGAGGAGUUGGGAAAACUUCACUUAUCUUGUCCUUAGUCAGUGAAGAAUUCCCAGAUAUCGUUCCCCCACGUGCCGAAGAGAUAACAAUCCCCGCCGAUGUGACUCCAGAACAAGUUCCAACACAUAUCGUCGACUUCUCAGAAAGUGAACAAACUGAACAAGAUCUUACCCGGGAAGUCCAGCGUGCUGACGUAGUUUGUCUAGUAUACGCUGUUGAUGACAAUCAUUCUUUGCAACAAAUCACUGAAAGGUGGCUUCCAUUGCUACAAUCACUGAGACCAGCUUCCAAAGAAGAUGACAACCAAAGUGGAGAAGUUGUGUCAGCAGUUCCAAUCAUCUUGGUUGGGAACAAGUCUGAUUUGCUUGAGCAAGGAAAUAUGGAGGCAGUGUUACCAAUCAUGAACCACUAUGCAGAAAUUGAAACCUGUGUUGAGUGCUCUGCAAGGACCCUUCGUAACAUUUCGGAGAUGUUCUACUAUGCCCAAAAAGCUGUACUUCAUCCAACGGCGCCGCUCUAUAUCGCUGAAGAUCGAGAGCUAACUGAAAAAUGUAAGCGGGCUCUCCGUCGAAUAUUUGCCAUCUGUGAUCGCGACGGCGAUGGGUCGUUAAGUGACAAUGAGCUUAAUGCUUUUCAGCAACGAUGUUUUGGAACAUCACUACAGAAUCGAGCUCUCGAAGAUGUACGGAAUGUUGUUCGUCGCCACACCAAUGACGGCGUCGGGUCCAACGGCUUGACGCUUUCUGGAUUCCUUUUCCUACACCGUCUAUUCAUUCAACGUGGACGACACGAGACCACGUGGACGGUGCUAAGGAAAUUUGGAUACGAUGAUAAUUUGAACCUGAGUCGGGAUUACUUGCAUCCCCCGUUGCGGGUUCCUCCGGGAUGCAACACGGAAUUUUCUGCAUCAGGCUGGGCAUUUCUUGUACAGCUGUUUGAGCAACACGACAAGGACAAGGAUGGAGCUUUGAACACGGACGAACUCGCAUCACUUUUUUCUCCUUGCUCAAUAAUGCCAUGGGGGCAAAAUUUAAAGUAUUCAGUACCUACCAAUGGCCAAGGUUGGCCAACUUUAAAAGGUUACAUGGCUCAGUGGAGCUUGAUGACGUACUUGGACGUCCGGAGGACGUGCGAGUUGCUUGCGUACCUUGGAUAUCACACUGCUGGCACAGACAAUCAACUCUCAGCCAUCACCGUCACAAAAGCGCAACGUUCUGGUGGCAGUAAGAAACGCAAUACACGUACCGUUUUUAUGGGUCAUGUCAUUGGGCCUCCUGGCGUGGGAAAAACCACCUUUUGCCAAGGAUUGCUUGGACGAACCGUCGACGAAAUUGACACUUCCAACUUGUGGUGUGAGCUGCCUCGUUACGUCGCCCGGCAACUGAGCGUCUAUGGCCAGAGCAAGAUUCUUCUUCUUCACGACGUUGAUGCCCUGGGAGCUGAUUCACUCUCCCCACAACAAGUAGCUUGCGAUGUAGCAUGUCUAGUUUACGACGCCACAGACGAGCACAGCUUUGAACAUGUCGCAAGAUUGUAUCUGAAGUAUUUUGCCGAAACCUCGAUCCCUGUGCUUAUCGUGGCUUCUAAGUGGGAAUCCGGCCCUGUACGUCAGCAAUAUCUCCAACAACCGGAGACGUUUUGCCGCAAGCAUCGAUUACCGCCGCCACACGGUUUCAGUGCUAAAGCAGGUCGCCUGCAAAGCGAUGUUUACAUCAAGUUGGCUACCAUGUCGUCUUUUCCAUCAUGGAGACCUUCGAUGUUGAGUGGAAAUUCCAGCGCUGUUUGGAUCCGAGCUGUCGUGGGAUUAGCAGCCGCCACGGCCCUGGGUCUCCUUGUGGCGCGAACCAUUCGCCGUCUCAACAUUGGUUGAUAGACAAGUGUCUUCUCUCAAAUGAACCUUAAGAAGAAUUUACCGUUCAUAAUGAAGCUGCAGUGACAAGUUUUCAGAUGAAGAUUAGAUCUACAAAAAGAAAUUCACAUAAGAAAUUAAUAACAUUAUUCUAUGACUGAUGCGCAGCGUUCCAGUGUUGUGUAGCAGUAGAAAGUCCGUGUUGUUGGCCACUAGAUGGCAAAUCUUAUUGGGAAAAGUCAUUAAAUAAGAAUUAGAAUUCGACAAAGGUGA